GGCGUUCCUCGCUUCAAUAACCUGGGCGCUCACGUCCGAGACGUUUGCGCUGUCCCUUCCCUUGCUCAACUCGUCCACGACUUUGGCUCCGUGAUCUAUUCUUAGCUGCUGUCCAGUCUUUCCCUGUGGAUCGAUUCCAUCCAGCGAAAGUGGUAGCGGAUUCUCAGGAUUUCAACCGGGUUUGCUGGUUAUUUGCUACUGUGUGAUAUUGUCCAGAACUACGCUACCUAGAUUUUGGACCAUGUCCUGUUCUCCACCCUGACUCUGCCUCAGGGAUAUCUCGUCCGAGCCGGUUCCUAGGAUUCCUUGCAACGGCCGCAACUGAAACUCGAAAGAUACCAACGGACACGUCCCAUAUCGCGAGGAGACUAGGUUCGCUGGAAAGUGGCCUGCAACUCCGCAGUUUAUUAGUCCCGUAAACCCCCCCAAAGCGAAGAGGUCACGGAGGAUAAACCUUGCGAAUCGGACAAUGUUGGCUUCUAAAUCACCCUACUCAGCCUCGUUGGGCAUGACGACCACUCCGACGCAAACCCAACCUUAUCACACUGGGACGCCGGAAAGAUCGGUCGCGGCGGCAAGCGCCCAGGAGGGGUCAGUGUUCACAACUCCAACGGAAUCUGGGCUUUCUGAUGGGAACGAUAGACUUGAUUCCGUCAGGUCGUGGGAUGAAAAUCAGGUAGUAGCAUGGCUACACAGUAUAAACUGUGGGCAAUAUGAAUCCCUAUUCAAAGCAAACAAUUUCAAUGGCGAUAACCUCAUCGAAUGCGACCAAAAAAUCCUACAGGAAAUGGGUAUCAAGAAGAUCGGCGACCGUGUGCGCAUCUUUGUUGCUAUUAAGCAGCUCAGAAACAAAGCAGUGUCUAAUCUCAAAAAGCGCAAUAUGAACUCGUUGAUGACCCUAGAAGCAACUACUUAUAUAUCUGCCUCAGAAUCUCGUAGCCCGCCCAUCUCUCGCCAACGAACGUUGAGUAAUCGUCGGUUGGGUGAUAGUUCUUUGCAUGGCUAUAACACCCCAACCGCUGCCACAGGUGGAAAGCCAUCUUCCCGACCUACAUCACCCCCCGCAGCAGAUAUCGAGCGCUCACGCUCUCAGCGAUAUGCAACCUCCAGUUCGAACGAGCAAAGUAUGGGCUUCUCGAAUAAUCAAUCAUCUGCUGGCUCCAGUACUACCCGAGGCGCAGGCGAUGUGAACCAGACCGCGAACACUCAUUUGAGACAGAACCCCAGUAUCGACGGUUUGACGAUGAGUCCUCUACCUGCAAAUUCUCCUGUUAUUAGGGUCAUAUACACAGGUGGCCAGACUAAAGUCUUGAACAUCCAGCGCUGCAAGUCUUCUGAUGAAAUCAUUCUUUGUGUCCUAAAGAAACUGCAGCUUCCUGAAUAUCAGUACCGGAACUACUGCUUUUAUGUACUAGAUGGCAUUGAUCCCGACCCCUCGAAGUGCAGAAGGCUUACAGAGUCGGAGCUCAUGGAGAUAUGCGGCGAUGCCAACAGACCUGAGCGUGGCCGUUUGAUUUUGAGGAAGGUACACGCUGGUGAACCGGAGCCUGAUGAGCUUCACCGUGCAGCUCAACUUGCAGGCGAUGAAAGUCAGAGAAAUACCGGCGGUAUGCGGAACCCCCUUAAAAAGAUUGAACAGCUUACCGGUGAAUCCUGGCAUAAUAUCAAACAACCGACAUCCCCAAACACGUCUCGACAACAUCAACCCCAAAUCAGCGUAGAACGUCAAUCUGGCUCGAAACUGCGGUCGUUCUUUGGUGCUAGGCCACCAAGUGAAAUGAUUAUUCAUGAGAUCACAUCAUAUUUCCCCAGCCACCACCGGGAGGAUAUUGAGAAGACUAUGCGUAUGUCAGUUCGGAGGUCUCAACGUCUCAGUCGGGCUGCAAGUCGGUUGAGCGUCGUCAGCAAUCUAAGCUAUGUAUCUAGCUUAAAGGAUGCACCUCCAAUUCCCAGCAUCGCCGAUACCUGGCUCAAUCAGGGAGCGCCGCCUACUCGAGCCUCACGACCGCUCUCGGUUUCAAAAUUUAAUUUGCCUCAAACGGUCUAUCGAGAUUCAAUCGCGUCCAGUACUCUCCAGCCCCUCCAGGAGGAAUCCUCCAUCGAACCGAAUCGCGAGUCAUACGUCUCUUUUGCUAGUUCUGAUGACCCCAUCGGGUCACGUCAGAGCCUUGUUGACGAGAGCGCCAGUAUUGCAACGACGGACGGUGGCUCUCUUAAUGAACGACUGAGUGUCCUUGUCGCAGAAGAUGGGGAAGAGGAAGAUGCUGGUCUUAACGAUUUCCUGGCUGGGAACAAUUUCGCGCCUUCGAGUUGGAUGAAAGGGUCUUUGAUUGGUGAAGGAUCUUUUGGGAGUGUUUUCCUUGCCCUCCACGCUAUCACUGGAGAGCUCAUGGCUGUGAAACAAGUCGAAAUUCCCUCAGCCACAAAAGGUACCGAAUUCGACCAACGGAAGAACAACAUGGUUGCCGCACUUAAACAUGAGAUCGAGCUUCUCCAAGGACUUCAUCACCCCAACAUUGUGCAGUAUUUGGGCACUUCCGCGGAUGAUGAACAUCUGAAUAUUUUUUUGGAAUAUGUGCCUGGAGGCUCUAUCGCCACCAUGCUCAAACAGUACAACACCUUCCAAGAACCUCUGAUCAAGAACUUUGUCCGCCAAAUUCUAGCCGGCCUUUCCUAUCUCCAUAGCUGCGAUAUCAUCCACCGGGAUGUCAAGGGCGCCAACAUUCUAGUUGACAACAAGGGCGGUGUUAAGAUAUCCGACUUCGGUAUUUCCAAACGGGUGGAGGCCUCCACUGUACUAGGAUCUCGAGCCAGCAAUGGAGGGGGCCAUCUACAUCGACCCUCUCUCCAAGGCAGUGUAUACUGGAUGGCGCCAGAAGUUGUCCGUCAGACUGCACAUACCAAGAAAGCCGACAUCUGGAGCCUAGGUUGUCUGGUCGUGGAGAUGUUCCUCGGCGCCCAUCCCUUCCCUGACUGCAGCCAGCUGCAAGCCAUUUUCGCUAUCGGUAGCAAUAAGGCACGGCCUCCACCCCCGGAAAAUGCGAGCAAGGAAGCUGUAGCUUUUCUGGACAUGACCUUCCAAAUUGAUUAUGAGAAGCGGCCGACCGCAGACGAAUUGCUGGAAACUCCGUUUCUGACAACACCUGUGGUAUAA